AAUCGUGAAGGUGAAUGUCUUACUGAUUUAUUGGAUUUGUGGCAGCCAUCGCGUAGAGUCGUCGGAACCUUUCAGCAACAAAGGCUUAAAUACGAGCAACUUUUGCAGGCCAUUAAAACUAGAUUAGGAGACGACUAUGACCGUUGGUGUCAAACUCACAGACAGGCCAACCUUCCUCCAUCAUCCAGUCGAAAUUCCGAAUCUAGGGGUUCCUCUUUAUUAAAGUCUACUUUUGCUAGAUUCGGCUUCUCGAACUCAAAAUGUUCCAUUUCUUCCAAGAAUCAAAGUGGUCUUCGUCACGGUCUAGAUUUUUCCGGAAACUCUUCCUUUAGUUCACCCGAUGGAGUCGGGACUACUAAGCAUCAGGAUUCUGAUUCAUCAAACUCGCUAAAGUCUUCCUCACCAGUCGUUUCCUCAUCAAGAAAGAAAGUAAAACGAAAAAGGUUUAAUCUGCGAUUCCCUUCUGACUCCGCUUCUUCCUGUUCCUCACAUUCCUCAUCAUCCAACCUUGGAGAGGAGUCUCGUGAAGUUAAAAAAAGGAAACAUAAACGUAGACGAAGUGAAGCCGUUCAGAAUUACCGUGAGGCUCUAGCUGCAAUCGGAGGUUCAAAGCUGAGUACUUCAACUGCUCGCUUUAGCUACCUUUGGCGCAACUUAUCUUCACGUGCACUUUAUCAGGAUGUACUGUCCAGAUGUUCAGUAUAUUCUGACGCAACUCCUAGUUCUCGGCGUUGUGGGCAUUCCACUGGAAUUCUCGUCGACGUUUAUUCAAAACCUUCUGCUCUUGGUAUUGAUAAGAGCUGGCUUGAUGCUGAUGACCAACCUGACAAACAAAAGAGCAGCACAACUUUAUGCAGUACAGUCAAAUUGAACAAUGUCCCUAAGGCUGUUCAUCGGCAUCCUAUUCCCCCCCUUUUCGAGAACAUUAGAAGGAAGUCAAGGACAAUCCACUCUUUACCUUCACGAACUCGACAGACUGUCUCUUCACGUACGCCACUAUGUAGACACAUGUUUUCCCUAUCUAAUUUGGUCUAA